AUGAGGGAUACGUCUUGGGAUACUCCGUACAUUCAUGGAAAGGAUCAAGAAGGCGAUGAGACCUUAGGUCUACAUAAUUUCGAAUCAACUCUGACAGUGUUUCUUGAUAAUCAGAAGGUGGAGUUCUCGCCAGAAGAGUUUCUACAUGAGGCAUGGACGCAGGGAUUCGAUACGCCGUGCACUGCGUGCAAAGAGAAUUUUGACCUUGCCGCUGAACCUCCUGUACGGCUUCUUGGUCUAGGUCAGCAUGUGGACGUCACGGACCCUCUGAAACAAGAUCUGCCGCCUCUUUGUGUUCAGAAUUACCACCUCAGAUGCUUGAAAGCAAGUAGUAUCAGAUAUAUUCCAGUCUCCCACCCGUGGCACUCGUCAGUGGCAGAGACUUACGCACUCCGCACUUUCAACGCGAAAGCAGCACAGACUUGCUACGAAGCUCCACUUCGCACGCUCAUGGCUGUACAACGUCACUUCGGACCCGACUGUCUACUCUGGCAUGACUACAUCAGUAUACCACAAUGGCAUAACGAAUUCCGAGGCACCGUUAUCUUGCCGCAGAUAUUCAAAAUAUUCGAGGCCAGUGGCAGCUCAAUUCUCCACCUUGGACAACUGCCUCCUCCAGAGAUUGUCCGCGAGCCAACACUUGACGUGAUCAAUCGAUACAAUGAUGGCUUGCAGCACUUCUUCAAUGCACACCUGUUCAGUCGAUUGUGGCCAAUCGUAGAGUUCGAUAAGGCUGGGGAAGCAUAUAUCAUGAGCAACGAAUAUGGCAUCGUGGAGCCCAAAUUCACAACGUUUGUCAAGGAAAUUCUAGAUGCCACAACGGUGGAGAGUACACCUACCUCGGUUGAGAAUCUUACUUCACUGCAAUGGAUUAACCAUUUGCCACUUUUCAUUCGGGAGAGACAAAAGAACAAAUGUUUCGGCUAUGUUUUCGAUAUGAUCGCGGACCUGGGUUGCCGCUCAUUCCGCGACAAAUUUAUAGGAGCUGCUGAGCUUCUCGGGAUUCCCGAUUAUCCUACCGAGCUUCCUGUGGAUGUCCAAGACGCGUGUCUGUGGCUCGCAAAGAGACAGAUUCAGAAUAAUGAUCUCAGUGGAUUGUUACUCAGACCGUCCCAGGAGCCUCUACACGCAAAGGCUAACUGGCUCAAAGGCCAUCAAUCGAUUGUUCCAAACAUGUGGGGCUGGGGUGUAGAAAUACAACCCGCAAAAAGGUUGCCUCAGAUACAGGGUCAUUCCGUGUGUUUGGACUUCCACUACGUCGGGAAUGUGACACAUGAUCUCACAUGGGGGCCCUCUGCAGAUCUUUCGUCGGAUUCGUCAUCGAAUGAAUUGCACGAUCUGCUCUUGGAAACCCAAGAAUCGGCAGAAAGUCUUGUCAGACGUUUAGAGACCAUUGAUCCUCAUACACUCAUUCGCUCUGACCACGUCAAUAAUGGUUCGAGAGCUCCUUCUCUCCAUUUCCGCGUCUCGACUUCAAAGUCAAUACUAAGAACACUUCGUUACCUUUUUGAUCGAACAAUCCAAGGCAGAAGGGACGAGCAACCUGCGAAUUUGUCAGGGUUAUACGACGAUGUUAUGUCCUUACUUGCCCUUUCGGCUUCCGCGCCAGCGCCUGAACUCGAGCAUUUUGAAAGCUUUGGUCUUUCCAAGCUUCACCAAGAACUCUGUGGUUUGUCUGAAAGCCACCUCGUGUCAGUAAGCUGUCCAGACUGUCGUACUCAGUCAUCAUUUCGUGCACAGCUAUGGCAGCAACCAACAGCGGACACACGACUCUAUCUCAUUCCAAAAUUGACAUAUCAGUACACCGCCGCCGGAGGGAUUGGUGUUUUAUUGGAUAAAGGUCACAUUAUUGGGCGAUCGCGUUUCUGUGCUGCACCUUGCAACUGCAAUCAUGAGGUUACAGUCACCAUUACUUGA